CGUUCGGUGCUCGGGUUCAAUGCCAGCGAAGAAGAGCGACUUUGCGCACCAAUGAAAGAUGUCGAGGUCCAAUGGCGGAGAUUGCCGCACCGAUCCGGCCAGACUCUCGGGCUACUGCACCUCCUCGCCUAUAGCAAGGCUGGCAGCUUUACAGGCAAGUGUACGUACGUGUGCAAGGAGGCUGCUACGAUGGAGUAUCCCAUCUUCUUGGACAGUGUCCUAGAUUGCGAGUGGAGCCUGUAAAGCAGAAGGGUCACGAUGCAGCUCUACUUCGGCCCCAAGCUCUACUAUUUCUUCCAUGACGGCAAAGGCACCUUCAAGUACCGUGGCCCGCCCGAGUUUCUCAAGUUUUUCAAAACAACGCCAGUCAAGGAAGUCCACAAUGUUGCCUUUGGCACAGGAGUCAGCUUCUUCAUCUCCUACACCGACCCCAAUGGCAUCGGCCGUGCCCUCUUCGACCUAGACGAUGAUUACCCAAAGCUGUACUCUUGGCUGAUCAAAGAGAAUCUUGCCCACGACUAUGCAUCUGUCAGCAUAUCUCUGGGUCUGAAUGGCGCUUUCUUCGCUUGGUCGAACCAGGGUCAUCGAUGGCAUAAUAUUCCGGAUGGAGCGCUUGAGCGGUAUCAGAAGUUCACCAAACCGGAUCUAUUCCUACGAUGCCGUGUCAAGACUAUCGACAUCGGGUACGGCGACACCUUCCUUGGCAUCGGGGUCGAUAAUGUAUGGUUUUGGGACCUGAAAGAUCAGUACCCGCAUUUUGCGAGCCUAGGAGUCAAAGAAAACAUUCCAAACGCGCAAUGGGUCACGCUAAAUCCAUUCGCAGCGGACCAGCACUUCGCCGUGUUCGCAGAUGGGAGCGUCCAUUACUCGCUUCCGCCGGGCUUGGCUGUUGAUGUGGCGCAGCUUUUCCAGCAGUAUGCGGCACGCUUGGCGCAGCAAACACAGCAAAGGCCACCCGCUGGGCGCUUACAGCAGGGUAGUAUUGCUGCACCUGGUGGGUACUCAAACACGGCUUUCGGUUCCGGUGGCAGGCCUCCGGAUACAUCGCCUCCUCCUCAGUUCAACGGGCCUUCACCGAUGGACUUUUUCAAUCAAUACCCCAACAACGCACAGAGUCCGGUUGGCGGGAACAGCGGGAACAAUUUCGGCGUUCCCGGUCCUAGUGGUGGAGCCGGCGGAAACAGUCCUGAUGUCAAUCAAGCCAUGGCUACGAUGCAAAGCUCCAUGGACGCCCUCAACAGUGUUGCGAACGUGACAGGGCAAGGUAUGGGUGCCGUCAAUCAGCUCGCCUCGAACGGCUUGAUGGUGGGCCAGCUUACGGGCCAGCUGGCCACAGCGGCAACAGGAUGUUCCGUGAUGUGACAGCCUAAGCUCGCUUAUCAUAACGUCCAGAGUAUCGAUCGUAUCGUAUCGUAUCAACCAGUACGCGAACGGCUCAUUGAUUGGGUUGCCAGCAGGAGAGCGUUUCGCUUCAACGUUACGUUAGUGCAUGUAACAUUCUUCUAUGCUGCGUGCGUUGACAUAUGAGGAAAGCGGCAUUGAAUCUACCAUGGUGCAUUGGACAGUAUGCUUUCUCAAAGCAGCAUUCUGGUGGUCAAAGUAGUCCGACC